UGCGAACUGGGUUGGACCUACUGAUUUUGCGCACAAAAGUUACAUUUGGCUUACGGUGUGGUGUCUUGAGUUGCUUCAUGGCUUCAUCUGCUCGUUCUGCUUCUCAUGUUGAGACAGACGACGAUGUAUGGUGUGUUGUGAGAAGCAACUAUGUCUACCUAUCUGAUCGUCUCCGUUUCAACUCUCUCUUCCCCAAUCUUCUGUAUGAACGAGGAUUUCUGUCGAGAGGUGAUAUAGACGCUCUUCGCAGCGACUUUGUCACUCACGACGACAAGGUUCGUCGUCUACUCAUCGAUGUCUUGUCGACGAGACCGCCAGAAAUGUUUCCUGUUUUCUGCGACAUCCUCAAAACAGUCGGACAACCACACGUUGUAGAACAACUGACGACAACGGGGAAUACCCAGGGGAUACGAAGAGGCCCCCAAGUUGCUGCUACAGAUGUUGGAGAGAUGGAAAUGCUGAAAGAUCAGGUGGUACAGUUGGACAGAGAGGAGAGAAAGGUGACGGUGCAAUUGGAGAAGGAAAGAAAACGAGCGGAGGAUGAGAUGUGUACAGCAAGAGAAGAAAUCAGGAAAGCAAAAGAGGAAACAAGCCAAGCAAGACAAGAAACUGGACAAGCAAAUAUUGAAACAAAGAGAGAACGGCUGAAGAUUGUGGCACUUGAAUAUGAAAAGUCAAGGUGUCCUGCUAGUCAUCAUCAUCAGAUCAAUGACAGUCUGCCAUCAUGGACACAGUGGAAUGUACACAUGCCUCAUUACAGGUGGCCAUAUAAUAGAAUGGGAGAGAUUGAAGGCAGACUAGUGGUAGGAGGUUAUGAUGGUAAUCUGCAUGUUCUCACUUAUAAACAUGAUAAGUGGGACAUGUUGUCAGAAAGAAUGGUCACAUGAGGAAUGUAGUGUGUCAUGAAGGUGUGUGUCUGGUGUGUCUGUAUGAUGGAGAUAAACAUCAGUUUGUGAUUAAACGAUUUAAUUUGAAUGAAGACAACAAAUGGCGUUUCCUCACAGUUCUACCAAACGAACUGCAGUUGGAUGGUGUAUCUGUUGCUCUUCACGACAACUCACUGUAUGUGGUGGGUGGUAGGACCAAGUCAGGGGAGAAAGUGAACACAGUACAUGUGUGUGACCUUCAUAGCGGUAAUUUUUCUAAGAUGGAUGACAUGCAAACAAAACAUUGUGGCUGUUCUUCUGUUACUAUAAACAACACAGUGUUUGUAGGGGGAGGAUGGACUGAUGGAUCUUGCUUUAGUAAUAUUGUUGAGUGUGCGGAUGUUUGUGAUAGAAAAUGGAGAACAAUCCCCGCUACAACCACAUAUGACCCAUCACUGAUGUCAGUCAGUAACAGACUGGUGGGGACUGGAGGAAGGACACAACGGAGGAUUAUUUCUCAGUCUAAUAUUGUAGAAUUAUAUGAUGAGAGGUCUACCAAUUGGCUUCCUCUUCCACACAUGACACACAAACGGUGGGCACAUGCUGCAUUCUCAACUCAGAAUGGAGAACUCAUCACAGCAGGAGGAGAAUGGGAUGAAAGACUCAAUACCAUCAGUUCAAUAGAAAGUCUGAAAUGUCCAUAAUAUUUUGUGUUAACAAAUUACCUUAUUUUAGUUUGUGUGUAUUUGACAUUUGUUAUGUUUAUCCAACUGUAUGUUUAUGGUAAGAUACUUCGCAUAGUUGCAAGUGUAAGAGCAUCUAAUGAUACCAUAUUAUAUUAUUAUAUCACAUCAAGC